AAUCUAUUACUAUUUCAAAAAUGGUCAACAAGAUAACCUGCUUGAUCCUACUACUAAGCCAAUAUAUGUGCAGGGAAAGGAAUCGCAACAGCAGAAAGCCCAAAACUCAAAUGCUGUCACAAAUUGAAAUUUGUGUCUAAAAGGUAAAAUUGUCUUUGUUUAAUUGUUAUUAUCAUUGUCAUUGUGAUUAUAAACAUGUAAUAAAAUAUUGUUUUGUAAUGUAAUGUAAUGUAAUGUAAUGUAAUGUAAUGUAAUGUAAUGUAAUGUAAUGUAUUGUAUUGUAUUGUACUACGUUGCAUUGCAUUGUAUAGCAUGUGUAUUGUACUGUAUCGUGUUGUAUGUGUGUAUAGGUUAUCAUAUGACUUACAAGGUGAAACCUGCUUUAAUGCUUAAUUACUAAUAGUAUCUCCUCUGUCCCUAUAUGUCAUGAUGUGAUUAUGCCAAAAUUAAAUUCUACUGUUUUAGGGUUUUUUCGACUAAUUUGAAAUGGUCGAAAUGUUUUCUGGAUCCCCCAACAUUGACCAUCAUGGAAAUUGAACAGUUUUUUUGAAGAAUCAGGCAAAACUGGGAAGACCCACGACUUCGUCAGCUACACAAAUUCGUAAAUUACGUUUCCAAAUAAAAUAGUCAGUUUGAAACAAUUACUAAAUUCCGGCGCUAUUUCUUCUUUAGACAAUUGAUUGGUUUUAUCGCUUAGAUCAUUACCAGUUUUAAAAUGGGAAUAUAAACAGAGUUCUACGGAGACAAAUUUAUGGCACCAAUUGUAUAUAAUAACGGCAAAUAACUAAUUCGUUUCAUUUAUAUGACAAUGCCGUGAUUUGACCAAUACGACCAUGGGAACACAAAAAAUCUGAGAGAGGAUUUUACAGCAAAAAACCGCAUUGCCCUCGUCUAAACUGGUUUUUCCUGGUCCGAACAAGCAAAAAAUGAAAACACUGUAUCGAAAAAGACUAGAGACUGAAGGGCCGAGGGAAAAACCAAACGAACUUUUAAUAUAGCUUUUUUAAUUCUGCCCCACUGAAAAUAAUAUUGCAAAUGCCAAGAACAAAACAGCAAGAACCAUCCUCAGAGAUACGAAGAACUAGUUUCAUAUUAAUCUGACACUGCAAUCGAGCAACGAAAAAUUCGUUGGCUCGAGCGGGAUUUGAACUGGCAUCUUCGGGUAUCUAGACCACCGCUCUACCUAUUGAGCUAUCGAGUCAACGGGGAUUGGUAGUGAGUUUUAUCCAAUUUAAGUGCACGGAAUAUUUUCGUGACGACCUAACGCUUGUCUUAGAGAACGCGCAGUGUUUCAAUUCUAUUUCAGAACCAUCCUCGGAGAUACAAAAAACUAGUGUCAUAUUAAUUUGACACUGCAAUCGAGCAACGGAAAAUUCGUUGACUCCAGCCGGGUUUGAUCUCGCAUCUUCGGGUAUUUAGACCACCGCUCUACCUAUUGAGCUAUCGACACAACAGGGAAUGGUAGCGAGUCUUAUCCAAUUUAAGUGCACGAAAUAUUUUCGUGAACAAAAUACAAGCGUUAAGUCGUAUUAAUAUGAAACUAGUUUUUCGUAUCUCUGAGGAUGGUUCUGAAAUAGAAUUGAAACACUGCGCGUCGUCUAAGACAAGCUUUAGUUGGCACGAAAAUAUUUCGUGCACUUAAAUUGGAUAAGACUCGCUACCAAUCCCUGUUGACUUGAUAUCUCAAUAGGUAGAGCGGUGGUCUAGAUACCCGAAGAUGCGAGUUCACAUCCUGCUCGAGCCAACGAAUUUUUCGUGCUCGAUUGCAGCGUCAGAUUUAAUAAAAAACAGCAAGGUUAUGAGGAAUUUGAUGUAAUUUGGCCACGGUACAUAUUUUUUGCAUUUUUGACUGUGAUCUUCUAUAUUUGUUUCUUCUCAAUCCCCACCCUUUCCCCCCCCCCCCAUUUUUUGCCCCACUUAUUUUUAAAAUUGCCCAACUUCGUACAACCUUGUAUAUCUUUUUUAUAUAUGCGUUUGGGCAUCAUAAACAAACAUUGAGAAUGAGUGCCAUUUCCUGUGUAGCCAGAUUUACAAGUACAAUUGAAUGAUCCUUCUGCACAGCGGCGCCCGAGCCACGGGGGCAGCGGGGGCAACUAAGCCCGUUGCCCAAAGAUUGCGGGGGCAGCACGGGGGCAACAGGUUUCCCUCUUUGCCAGAACUGCACCUCAAAAUUCCUGCAAUAUUCACAGGAAUUGGAGUUUAAGCAAUGUUUAAAGAUGCGGUACAGACCGUAUGUGAACAAAGGAUUUGUUUACAUCUCGGUAUCGAAAACAUAUAGAGGAUAUUACACGGCGGCGCGAAGAUACGACUUUUAUCUUCAAGUGGUGAAAACAAUAUUUUUCGAACGAGCACAGCGAGUGAGUAAAAUAUUGUUUUUAACACGAGAAGAUAAAAGUCAUAUCUUCAAACCAUCGUGUAAUAUUCUGUUUAUUAUAUAGUCCCAAGCAAAGAAUUGUAUAAAUACUAAAAGUCACGUGAUCGAUAUCUUCACUUGUGAAGAUAUGGAAAAUAUGUCACUGUGUAUUUCUCUGUAUCUCACUCUCUACUAUAUAAUAAAGAAUUUUAUUCGACAUCUAUUUACAUUGUCAUGAUUCUAGAGUAUAAUAAAUUAUCAAGACACCACAAUCAAGCUUUGCAAGAACAUAAAAUGAAAUAAAAACCUAAAUAAACUGUUUGUAUAAAAGAAAGAGGGCUCCCUGGUGCCCAUACCCAGAUCGGACUGUACAGCAUAUCUUUAAUCAAUAUUUGCUUAAUUUAUGACCAGUUGUAGUAAAAUUAAUGCUAUUUACAGGGGCGUAGGAAGCAUCAAAAAGUUGGGGGGACACCGGUUUUGAGGGGCACUUUUGGAAUUAAAAGGGCAUCUAAAAAUGUUUCGCCUAAAUGUCGCCGAUGGGCGAGGGGGGGGGGGGGGGGGGGGGAAGGAAAAAUAAAUGCAAUCAUAUUGAAACAAAGGCCGUUGAGGCCGACUGACAGAUGAAAUCAAAUGAAAGUGACAGAAAGAAUUUAAGCAGUUUGCAGUUGUUUUUGCAAACGAGCGUCGUGUAAACGUUGUCAUUUGUCGUGCUUCAGCCCGAUUUCCGGUUCUGAAAGGCUCGAUUCACAGGCAAAGAGUGCGCGCCAAGCCAAGCGUACUAGGAAUUUCUCAUUGUUUAAUUAACUGCCCCACACCGUGGGGGUAUUAAGUGCCUCACAUCCGUGAGAAAUGGAAUUGAAUUUAGAGAUGGAAUUGAAUUUAAACGGUUGACGGAAAUUGAAAGUGCAGACCAUGAAGUGUUGUGGGAAAAUAUAUCACCCUUCAGGACACUCGACUUUCAUACAGAAAAUCUCUUGGUCGAUACCUAAGCAACAUCAAAUGGUCAACUUUGUCAGAAUUGUCAACAUGUGAUGAAAUGUUAUCACACUUCAUUGGCCUGGUGUCUAACGGUGUCAACAGCAUCAUCCCAAAGAAGUAUGUUAAAGUAAGAGCCAAUGAGCCGCCUUGGAUCACUUCAAAAUUCAAGUCCCUCCUUAAGAAACGACAAGAUGCACUGGCAAAUAACAAUAAG